UUUCUAUAUGCGAUCCCGGGAUUUCUAAAGAGACUACAGAGUUACUUCCCUUAUAUUUACAUACGCCAUUUACGGCACAUUAUUGACAUAAGAAAGGAUGCAGUUUUAUUGUACAGCAGGAAGAGGGACUGAAAAUUUUGUUAGAGAAGAAAUAAGUCAACAAUUUGGUCAGGAUGUAGAGGUAAUUUCUACUGAUGGAAAAUUGUAUUUCACUGUGAACAACUGUGGAUUGGAUGUAAAGCUAAAAUUGAUGUCAUUGAGAACAGUAGAGAGGGUUUUUGUUCAGGUCCUCCAUGAAAACUUUUCAAAAUUAGACAGGCGAGGUUUGUUGACAUUAUUGCAUACAAGACUGAACGAUAAAGAUAUUUGGGAGCAAUGUCUUUCCACAUUGAAACAUCUCUCAACAUGUAAUCUACCUUCCAACCAGAAUCCUGUAUCUGAUAUCAGGUAUGAUACAGGCAUCCAUGUAACCAAUAAACAACAGAAUGUUGAAUGUUUUGCAUCAAAUACUGACAAUGGUAAUAAAGCAGAACAAUCUGAAGCAAGAAAUUUUAAGCCAGGAUUUGCUCUGGAAAAGGAUCAUUUAGUGUCAGACACUGACAAGGUGAUGUCAGAAACUGACAAGGUGACAGAAAAAGGAGUUGAAAUAAGUAAUGACACAAAUGCUGAAAACCAGAGAUUUGAUGUUCCCAAAACAGACAUUGUCAAAAUUUUAGAGAACAGUCUUGAUACAGGUAUUUUAAAAACUGGCAAUAAAAGAAAAAUGUCAGAACUUGAUACACCAGGCUAUGACAUAAGAGAAAAGUUGUCAGAAACUGGCACCAAUAAUGCUGUGGUACAUUCUGAUAAUGACAGAAGUGUGCCAGAAACUGGCAUCAGUAGAAAUGUACCACUGUUACAUAAUGAAACCAAAAUGUCAGAAACCGGAAUCACUGCAGCUGUACCACUGUUACAAAAUGACACUAAGAUGUCAGAAACUGGCACCAGUGUCAAGAAGCAGACACUCAGCCCUAGCAUUAUAGCAACCAAGGACAUUUCUGUGACCAAUAAACAUCCACAUUCAAUAAAGAGAAGAAAAAUGGAAGAACACUGCUUUAAAGAAACAUUUAGAGUUUCUUGUAGAUUUUCAGGAUAUGCUAGAAAACAGCUCAAUGUACAGAGAACAUCACAACAAAUGGGAGUUUUAAUAAGUAAACGUCUAGGAUGGAAAAUUGACUUGAGACAUCCAAAAUAUGAAAUAAACAUUCACCUGGGUGAUGAAACCAUAACUGUAGGAGUUCCACUUACAAACAUUCCACUUUCUAAAAGAUCGUACAUAAAGCAUUGUGGUUUGAGGACUCCCAUUGCUUGGAUAAUGGCCAGGUUGUUGGAUAUUGGCCCCAGUAAUGUGGUAUUGGACCCUAUGUGCGGCUCUGCUACCAUUCUUAUUGAGGCUUUACAUGUGUGCAAGACUGCUGUUUAUAUUGGAAUGGACAAUGAUAUUUCUCAGUUAAGACUUGCUGCAGAAAAUACGGUAUAUUGUAACCAGAGAAACAGUUGUAUAUCCCUGGUUCAUGGAGAUACCAAACAUAUACCCCUCCCUGACAGCAGUGUGGAUGGUGUUGUUACAGAUGCACCUUUUGGUCAAAACCACAUUGUGACCGGAAAUUUACAUACAUUUUAUUACGAGAUGUUGUCAGAACUAGUUAGGGUUGUGAAACCUAAACAGAAAAUAGUUCUACUUACAAGUUCUGAUAAUGAACAGUUUGUCACCACAUUGUGUUCCAAAACUUUGACAAAUCAAAAUACCUUGUCACCUAAAACUGUUACAAGUUCUGAAGGAAAUGAUAAACAAACCUGUGAAGAUGAAGUCAAAAACAUUGACUGUAAAAGUAGUUCUCAAUGCAAAGAGGAAGUGACUGAAAUCAACAGACAGGAAGUCAAUGCCAAAUGUUCUAAAAAUAGUAACAUUGACUUUGAAAUGUUGCAGUCUAUGGCUCAGUUAUCUUUGUUAUUGAAAGCUACACAUAAUGUCAAAUUAGGAGAGACCGAAGGGUGUAUUUUUGUCUUAGAAAAUCUGAAGAAAUGAAAAAAAAUAUACAUAAGAAAUGCAAUUAGGUUAUUUGUAUGUUAAUACAUGAAAAAGAGAAAAAUGUGACAGAAAAGAACAGAUUUAUUAGAUCUAGUAGUGUUGUGUUUGCAAGUUUAAAAAAUUACAUUAGGUCAGUUGCAUUGCCUUUGUGCUGGAAUCAAAUUAGGCUUUAUACAGUAGAAUCCCUACUUAAGACCACCCCGAAUGUAAUACCACCCCACUAUUAAGACCAUUUUUUUAAAAAGAACAGAAUUUUCUGCUCUUUAUGUCAUUGGUUACAUGAUUCAGAAUUAAGACCACCCGCUUAUCCACUUUUAAGACCACCAGAUUCAGUUCCAAUUCCUUGUUUUAUUUUUUAUUUGACCCCACUAUUGAGACCAUUGAUAUUAAAGUCCAUGAUACCUACUUAGAUCUUAAAUUUGUUGGAAUGCUCUUAGGUAUGACACUUUAUAUCCCAAGGUGUGAAAAAUGGGUAAUUAUUGGGUUAUUGUAUGCAAAAGGUGAGAAAGUAAAUCUAAGUUGCUUUCAGUACAUUUAUUUUGUGAAGAUUUAAUUUCUUAUUUUUAGGUGAAUAAUGUACAUCAUAUAAUUAGAUUAAAAUAAGACCAAAGAGAUUUUAAUGUAAA